UAAAAAAAAUUAAACUAGACGGAAUCAGCUUUCCUCGCCCAUACCGCCUCGUUCCCAUCACUAGUUUGAGUUAUGAAUUUUGGCAAACUAGGCUCAGACAUUUUCCCUAGGGAAAAUAAAUUGAUUCUUUAACCUAAUAUGGCUGUAAUUAGAUAACCAUGGAUUUGAUGCUAGGUUUGGCUUUAAGCUCCAUUUUAUGUACAGCAUAAUACUUCAGUACUAAAUCCCUCUUGCAGAAAUUUCCCAGCAAUUAUUUGUAUUUAUAUAUUUAUUUAUUUUUGGCGGUAACGGCAAAUCUGAAAACAUCCCCAAAUCGUCGCCGAGCUUGGAGUGGUGUCUUGUCUGCACAGAAGAAGCAAUGGGGGAAGAAGAAGCGCAGCAACAACCGACUUCGGACACGGAAGUUGCAGAAGAAGCAAGCGAGCAAGUGUACUCUUGUCCGACGAUUCGUUUCGAUGUACCUCCGGCCAGAACCUACCACUUCUACCGCCAGUUCAGGGGGACCCCUUCAAACCCUAACAAUUUUCUCAAAUGCGUCAAAUGGUCGACGGACGGUUCUUGCUUCCUUACAAGCUCCAACGACAACACCUUUCGUUUAUUCACAUUACCAGAUAAUGAUAGUGGGAAUCAUCUAGAUGCUUGUUCUCUAGCUGCUGAUGCAGCUGCAGAUUCAUAUGCUGCAGAUAUUGUUUUGAGUGAGGGAGAGUCUAUUUAUGACUACUGCUGGUACCCUUACAUGUCUGCUUCAGAUCCGGUGACCUGUGUGUUUGCAAGUACCACACGUGACCAUCCUAUUCAUCUAUGGGAUGCUACUUCAGGCCAGCUGCGUUGCACUUAUCGGGCGUACGAUGCCAUGGAUGAAAUAACUGCUGCAUUUUCAAUUGGUUUCAACCCCUCUGGGACUAAGAUAUUUGCUGGAUAUAACAAAUCUAUCAGAGUAUUUGAUAUUCAUCGCCCUGGUAGAGAUUUUGCGCAUUAUUCAACUCUUAAAGGAGAUAAGGAAGGGCAGUCAGGUAUUAUAUCUGCUAUUGCUUUUUCUCCAAGUCAUACUGGGAUGCUUGCUACGGGUUCCUAUGACCAAACUACUGCAAUCUACAGGGAAGAUAAUAUGGAACUAUUGUACGUCUUACAUGGCCAAGAAGGUGGAGUUACACAUGUACAAUUCUCAAAAGAUGGUAAUUAUUUAUAUACAGGAGGGCGAAAGGACCCUUAUAUACUAUGCUGGGACAUACGCAAGGCUGUUGACAUUUUGUACAAGCUAUACAGAUCAUCAGAAAGUACCAAUCAGCGGAUAUCGUUUGAUAUAGAACCCUUUGGUCGAUAUCUCGGUACUGGUGGUCAGGAUGGUUUGGUUCAUAUAUAUGAUCUUCAAACAGGGCAGUGGGAGUCAAGCUUCCAAGCGGCAUUGGGUAAUACAAUUCCAUAUCUUCAUACUCAAAUAAUAUUUACUUGUCAUUAUUCUUGGUUUCUUCUGUUUCUAAUUAGUUCAUUCACUUUCCAUGCAGACACUGUUAAUGGGUUCUCUUUCCAUCCAUUUCUGCCAAUGGCAGCCUCUUCAUCAGGGCAUCGAAGAUUUGGAAUUCUUGAUGAGUCUGAGGAGGAUUUGGUCUUGAAUGGUGAUGAAAACUGUGCUUCUGUGUGGACUUUCUCUUAUGAUUCAAUGGUGGACAAUGCUGCUAGCAUUGAUUUGGGGGAUUUUAAAGGUCAAUCUGAACAUGGCAACCUUUGUUAGUAUCCUUGACUACACAAUUGCCUUUGUAUUUCUACAUAUAUUUCAUCAUACAAUCUUGUAUAGUAACUGAUUGGGAUGAACUUUGUCUCCGCGCUCUACUGUUGUUUCACUUGUUAGUUACAGACCAUUGAAAGUCCCCAUUCGGCAGUUCACGCAUUCCCUUUGAGUUGUAUAAACUAGUUCCUGUUUCCAGAGCAGCUGUUGAAAUUUUUGCUAUUUUAAUUUUA